GCCCGGUGUGGGCCCAGUGAGAUGCAGCGUCACAGGUGGGCUGGGCUCGCCAGGGCUGCAAUCCAGGGCUCCCCUGUCCCGGCCCAGGGCGCGCUGCCACUGCCUUCCCCCUGUGCACCCCUCUCCCCGGGUGAGCCGCCAGUCCCACCCCUCCCACGUCCCUGCUUUGGCUUUCCCGGAGGAAAUGCGCUGCCAGGGCAGAGGCUGCUCCCACCUACCCACGGCGUCCAGCACCGAGGACGUGCCGGCGUGGCGCUGCUCAGGAGGGCCGGACCGAGCUCAGGACAGGGCAGGUCUGGGCUUCCUGCAGCUGCCAGCCCGCAGCGGGGUGCUCGGGAGCUGCAUCUCCCCGCCCCAGCCUGCCUUGAAACACCUCCACUGCGAGCAAUGUGCCCUGUGGCCAACAUAGAAAAAUAAGAAACACAGUGCUGAGGGGCACGCUGGAGCCACAGCCAGUCCCGCAGGCCCUCCGUGCUCUCCCACUCACUCAGUAGACACCCCGAGACCCGGCGCAGCGGGCACCAGCAGGCCGUGACCCACAGGCGCCCACACUGCCCCCUCAGGGGGCCGCAGCAGCCAGCCACGCCCCUGCUGGUCCCAUGGUGUCUGCGCCCACUUCCAGGACACCUCACAUCAUUAGUCACUGCCGCCCACCCCGGGAAGACGCCCGAGCGCGGGCCCUGCAUCUUACUCACCGUGCGUGUCGGUGUGCAGCUCGGGACCUGGCGGGCAGCGGGGGCCCAGUAAAUGUUUGUCAAGUGUACCCCGUGCUGCCUCUGCCCUCCCACUGAGGCACGGACCGGAAACGCACCUCCUGACGCCAGCACAGCCGGGUCCCUGGAGACUGCCAGCUAUCUGGGCACCUACACCCCGCCGGCCAUGAUGGUUUCCAGAAGCCCCGCAGCCCUGCGUGUGGGCUGUCUCCAGCUUUCAGUGUCGCUGCUGCUGGUGUGUACAGUCAGCCUUGGGGCCGCCAGGACGCCUGCGCCCCCAGCCUGUGGAAAACCCCAGCAGCUGAACCGGAUCGUGGGAGGCCAGGACAGCACCGACGCGGAGUGGCCGUGGGUCGUGAGCAUCCAGAAGAACGGCACCCACCACUGCGCGGGCUCGCUGCUCACCAGCCGCUGGGUGGUCACUGCUGCCCACUGCUUCAAGGGCAGCCUGAACAAGCCAUCUCAGUUCUCGGUGCUGCUGGGGGCCUGGCAGCUGGGGAACCCUGGCCCUCGGGCCCAGAAGGUGGGGAUUGCCUGGGCACACGCCCACCCCGUGUACUCCUGGAAGGAGGGUGCUCCUGCAGACAUCGCCCUGGUGCGCCUCGAACACCCUGUCCAGUUCUCUGAGCGGGUCCUGCCCAUCUGCCUGCCUGACGCCUCCGUACACCUCCCCGCCGACACCGCCUGCUGGAUUGCAGGCUGGGGGAGCAUUCACGAGGGAGUGCCUCUGCCCCAGCCCCAGACCCUGCAGAAGCUCAAGGUGCCGAUCAUCGACUCGGAGGUCUGCAGCCGCCUCUACUGGCGCGGAGCCGGGCAGGGGGCCAUCACUGAGGACAUGCUGUGUGCUGGCUACCUGGAAGGGGAGCGCGACGCCUGUCUGGGCGACUCCGGGGGACCUCUCAUGUGCCAGGUGGAUGGCUCCUGGCUACUGGCGGGCGUCAUCAGCUGGGGCGAGGGCUGUGCAGAGCGCAACCGGCCCGGGGUCUACACCAGCCUCACUGCCCACCGCCCCUGGGUGCAGAGGGUUGUGCACGGAGUGCAGCUGCGCGGGGCCAGCGGGGCGCGGGGAAGGGGCCCCUGGGGCCUGGGCUCCUAGGCCGCCGCGGUGCCGCUCCCUCCCUUGUAAAUAAGCCACCUACCUCGAGGGGGCGCCGGCGCCCAGCGUGAGGCUCCGCCCGCCCUGCCCCCGCCCUCGUGUAUAUAAUUGUUCCAGAUUUUUACAGUUGUUACCCUGCCCACGUAUCUUAUUUAUUCUCCCAAUUUCAAUAAAUUAUUUAUC